AAUGUUUCACGUAAACCUUCCCUUUUGUCACUUCCUACCAUAACCUUGCUCCUUUAAAAUCCCCAUCCCACCACCCUCAAAACAAACAAACAAACAAUCAAUCCAUCAAUGGGCAUGAAUUCCUCAAUAUUCUUCUUAACCUUCAUCUUUGCUUUCAUUAUUUUUUCAACCCAUUCCAACCCUCUAAUAUUCCCACUCACCCACACCCUCUCAACCUCCCACUUCACCACCACCCACCACCUCCUCAAAUCCACAACCACCCACUCCACCACCCGCUUCCACCACCACCACCACAACCGCCGUGUCUCUGUCGCACUCGCACCCGGAACCGACUACACCAUGUCCUUCUCACUCGGCUCAUCCCCUAAACAAACAGUCACUGUCUACAUGGACACCGGAAGCGACACCGUUUGGCUCCCAUGUCAACCCUUCACUUGUAUUAUGUGUGAGGGUAAAUACGACCCCAAAACGACGCCGUUGCCUCAUAACUUAUCCACCUCAGCUUCCCCCGUCUCGUGCCAGUCACGUGCAUGCUCUUUUACCCAUUCCGGCGCCAAAACCUCGGACUUAUGCGCCUCCGCGCGCUGCCCUUUGGAGUCGAUUGAAAUGUCGGAGUGUGAAAAACAUUCAUGUCCUCCAUUUUACUACGCUUACGGCGACGGCAGCUUCGUCGCUCGGCUCUACAAAGACAGCUUUGAAAUCCCGAUGUCGGCACCGCCGGCUUUGGUUGUUAAGAAUUUCACAUUCGGCUGCGCUCAUGAAGCGCUUGGUGAGCCGAUUGGCGUGGCUGGUUUCGGGCGCGGCGCGCUAUCGUUACCGACUCAGCUGGCUCAGUUUUCUCCUCAUCUCGGCUCGCAGUUUUCUUAUUGUUUAGUUUCACAUUCUUUUGAUACCGACCGAGUCAGACAACCGAGUCCACUCAUCUUAGGCCGAGCUGACUCGGUUGGCUCAGGUGUUGAUCAAAACAAAGAGAAACGAGUUGACUCUGCUGACCCGGAACCGGAUGACUUUGCUUACACUAAUAUGCUUGAUAACCCAAAACAUCCGUACUAUUAUUACGUGGGGUUAGACGCCGUUACCGUUGGUAAUUACCGGAUAACGGCGCCGGAGAAUAUGAAGAAGAUUGACAGAAAAGGUAACGGCGGGAUGGUGGUUGACUCGGGUACGACUUACACGAUGUUACCGGAGAAGUUUUAUAACAUGAUAGUAAAGGAGUUUGGGAAAAGGUUAAAACCGGGUUUGAAACGGGCUGGGUCGGUUGAGGAUCGGACCGGGCUCAGCCCAUGUUAUUAUUUGGAUCAGCAGCCCAAAGGGGUGGUUGUUAUGGUGCCGCAAUUGGUGUUACAUUUUGGGGGGAAUAAUUCGAGUGUGGUGAUGCCCAGGAGGAAUUAUUUUUAUGAGUUUAUGGACGGUGGGGAUGAUGAUGGGGUGAAAAGGAAGGUGGGGUGUAUGAUGUUGAUGAACGGUGGGUAUUUUCCGGAUUCGGGUGGGCCGGCCGGGUUGUUGGGGAACUACCAGCAGCAAGGGUUGGAAGUGGUGUAUGAUUUGUGGAAAAAACGGGUCGGGUUUGCGAGGAGGAAGUGUGCGUCUUUGUGGGAUAGGGUGGGUUGACUUUUUGGGUUUGGGUUGGGUUGGUGAGGUUGACCACACGUGCGGGGUAUUAAUGGAAGUUGUAAAUAUGCGUGUGCAGUGAGGGGAUGAAUGAUGGUAUAACGUUGUACAUUGUACAGUAAGUAUGGGUUGGGUUGGGUUGGGUUUAUCACUUUUUGCUAUUGACACGCCACUUUGUGUAAAGAAAUAAGCGAUUGUGGAGUGGAAUUAGUGAAAAGUAACUUGGAAUAUAAAAUAUUCAAUUUUUCAUUCUUGAUUCAAACAAAUGUAUAUCAUAAUAAUAAAGGACAUGUUAACUGUGGAGAUGGUAA